CAAGUAUAAAAGGCAGAAGGGCAGCGAAAGAGGAUUCAGUCCUUUUAUUUGAGCCUCGUCCACCACGAUCAUGAGGAUCCAGGUUGCGAUCCUUGUGUUAUGCUUGCUGGCCUGUGGGCUGGCGGACAAGUUGCCGUCCUAUGAGGGCGCCUCUCAGGUAGUAUCUCGAACUGUUAGUGUUAAAUCGCCUGAGAGGAAAUCGAACGUCAUAUCCCAUUUCACCCCCGUUGAUCAUCGGUACGAAGCCACUGGAAGUGUUCACAUCAGCCGGGGCCCAUCAGAGCCUCGGAAGCUCCCUGUCCUCCCUGCCACACCCACACCUGUACUCAUCACUGCAGCUGAGUCAAGACCAUUUGCUGCUGCAAAGAAUUCUGCUUCUCAGCUAGCACUGACGCGCACCGUCUCCGUCAGGUCACCUGAAAGAGUUUCAAAUGUCAUCUCACACUUCUUGCCUGCUGAUCACAAGUACGAAGCUACUGGAUCCGUCACUAUCAGCAAGGGUUCCGGAGGUGCUGGAAGCGCUGGAGGCGCUGGAAGAGCGAUUUUCUCAGGUCCUCCAAGAACCUCUAAUGUUUUGGCUGCAGCUUCCCCGGCUCCAGAUGUACGUCCUCAAGUCCAGCGUGCGUCAGCUGCCGCGUCUUCUGGAUCCAAUUUAGCUCUAACUCGCACCGUCUCGGUCAAGUCUCCCGAGAGAAUCUCCAGUGUUAUAUCUCACUUCACUCCUGCAGAGCACAGGUAUGAGGCCACUGGUUCUGUCACCAUCGUCAGGGGAUCAGAGGGCGCUGGCGCUGGCAGGGCCGUAGGUAGUGGUCUGAGACAACCACAAGCACUUUUCGUAGCCAAACCAGCUGCUCCAGUACCUGUUAGAGCUGCUCCUGCACCUGUCAGAGCUGCUCCUGCACCUGUUCCAGUUCGAUUUGCUACUCCAGUUCCAAGUGGUCCAGCUCUUGGAGCUGCUGCAUCCUCUGGGUCAAAACUGGCUCUCACUCGCACUGUUUCCGUUAAGUCUCCCGAGAGAGUCUCCAGUGUUAUAUCUCACUUCACUCCUGCAGAACACAAGUAUGAGGCCACUGGAUCUGUCACCAUCGUCAGGGGAUCAGAGGGCGCUGGCAGGGCCGUAGGUAGCGGUCUAAGACAAUCUCAGGCACAGUUCGCAGCCAAACCAGCUGCUCCUGCACCUGUUAGAUCUGCUCCUGCACCUGUUAGAGCUGCUCCUGCACCUGUUAGAGCCGCUCCUGCACCUGCUCCAGUACGAUUUGUGGCUCCAGCUAAAGCUUCACCUGGUCCAGCUCUUGGAGCAGCUUCCGCCUCUGGGUCAAAACUGGCUCUCACUCGCACUGUUUCCGUUAAGUCUCCCGAGAGAGUCUCCAGUGUUAUAUCUCACUUCACUCCUGCAGAACACAAGUAUGAGGCCACUGGAUCUGUCACCAUCGUCAGGGGAUCAGAGGGCGCUGGCAGGGCCGUAGGUAGCGGUCUAAGACAAUCUCAGGCACAGUUCGCAGCCAAACCAGCUGCUCCUGCACCUGUUAGAUCUGCUCCUGCACCUGUUAGAGCUGCUCCUGCACCUGUUAGAGCCGCUCCUGCACCUACUCCAGUACGAUUUGUGGCUCCAGCUAAAGCUUCACCUGGUCCAGCUCUUGGAGCAGCUUCCGCCUCUGGGUCAAAACUGGCUCUCACUCGCACUGUUUCCGUUAAGUCUCCCGAGAGAGUCUCCAGUGUUAUAUCUCACUUCACUCCUGCAGAACACAAGUAUGAGGCCACUGGAUCUGUCACCAUCGUCAGGGGAUCAGAGGGCGCUGGCAGGGCCGUAGGUAGCGGUCUAAGACAAUCUCAGGCACAGUUUGUAGCCAAACCAGCUGCUCCUGCACCUGUUAGACCUGCUCUUGCACCUGUUAGAGCUGCUCCUGCACCUGUCAGAACCGCUCCUGCACCUGCUCCAGCAGCUCCUGCUCCAGUACAAUUUGUGGCUCCAGCUAAAGCUUCACUUGGUCCAGCUCUUGGAGCAGCUUCCGCCUCUGGGUCAAAACUGGCUCUCACUCGCACUGUUUCCGUUAAGUCUCCCGAGAGAGUCUCCAGUGUUAUAUCUCACUUCACUCCUGCAGAACACAAGUAUGAGGCCACUGGAUCUGUCACCAUCGUCAGGGGAUCAGAGGGCGCUGGCAGGGCCGUAGGUAGCGGUCUAAGACAAUCUCAGGCACAGUUUGUAGCCAAACCAGCUGCUCCUGCACCUGUUAGACCUGCUCUUGCACCUGUCAGAGCUGCUCCUGCACCUGUCAGAACCGCUCCUGCACCUGCUCCAGUACAAUUUGUGGCUCCAGCUAAAGCUUCACCUGGUCCAGCUCUUGGAGCAGCUUCCGCCUCUGGGUCAAAACUGGCUCUCACUCGCACUGUUUCCGUUAAGUCUCCCGAGAGAGUCUCCAGUGUUGUAUCUCACUUCACUCCUGCAGAACACAAGUAUGAGGCCACUGGAUCUGUCACUAUUUCUAGGGGAUCAGGUGGUGCUAUUGCUAGCGGCAGCAGACAAGCUUCGUCCAGUGUCUUUAGACAAACGUCGGCCAGUGCUGGCGGACAGGCAUCUUCGGCUGCAUCUGCAUUCAGCACGUCGUCGGCAGCAUCUCAGGCCGCAGUAGCAGCGGCGGCAUCUCGACGUGCUGAAACAGCAUCAGCCUCAUAUCAAAGUUCUCUAUCAGCUGCAGCAGCAGCAGAAUCACGACGUGCUGAAGCAGCAGCAGCAGAAUCACGACGUGCUGAAGCAGCAGCAGCAGCUCAACGUGCUGAAGCAGCAGCAGCAGCAUCAAGACGUGCUGAAGCUGCAGCAGCAGCUCAACGUGCUGAAGCAGCAGCAGCAGCAUCAAGACGUGCUGAAGCUGCAGCAGCAGCUCAACGUGCUGAAGCAGCAGCAGCAGCAUCAAGACGCGCUCAAGCAGAAGCAGCAGAAUCUCAACGUGCUCAGGCAAGAGCAGCAGCAGCUCAACGUACCGAAGCAGCAGCAGCAGCAGCAGCAGCAGCAUCAAGACGCGCUCAAGCAGCAUCAGCUUUCUCUCAACGUACUGAAGCAUCAUCAGCUUCGUAUCAGAGCUCUCAGGCAGCAGCAGCAGCAGCAGCAGCAGCAGCAUCUCAACGCUCUCAGGCAGCAUCUUCAUCUUCCACCUCGAGUGCAUCUCAGUCUUUUACCUACCGUCUGGCUGCUCCUUAUGAAGGAGGAAGUUCAGUGUCUUCCGCUGACCUGUUGGCCGAACUGGAAGCAUUCAGAGCAGAUGCAGCAAGAUCAGGUGUCAAAAUCACCCAAGAUGCCCAGACGAGGCAAGCUAACAGCGGCAGCGGCUCAGACCCCUACAGCUUCAGCGUGAGAGUCGAGGACCACGAAAACACAAAUUACCAGAGCCGUGAUGAGUGGGUAGGGGCCGAUGGUAUUACCUACGGCUGGUACUCUUUGCUAAGCGCUGAUGGAUACUUUUACAACUACUCCUACACUGCUCACCCUGUUAAAGGCUACCAGGUGAAGGUGACGCGCCAAGACUCCGGCAUCGCCAUGAAGCCCGUUCAUGCUGACAUCUUCGCCCCAGCCACUGUCUUCUCCAACCAGGGCAUCACCAGGUUCGCAGACUUCGCCGUAUCCGGAGUCAACAACGAUUACGAAUCCGAAGAAAACAUGAGCUACGAGGAGAGCGCAUCGACCACCUUCGCUAAAUCAUUGGCAGAGUCUCUCAAGACCACCAGAUCACAAUCUUCCUCAACGGUGCCUGCAGUGUCUCUUGGACCCGCCAGUCAUUUGUGCGGCUUCAGGAUCGUUCGCGAGUAUGGGUCACCCGGCUCGCGAACCCUUCCAAUACCGUCUGGCUCAAUUCUGUGUGGCUACUCCGCUGGGUCGGAAAGACAAGGUUCCGCUUUAUCUGGACUAUUUUCUGGGGCAGCAGCCGGCCGCUACGGAGCUGGAAGUUCUUCAGGAUCAUCUCAAACGUUCUCCUCUGGAUCUUCAGGAGCUUCUAGCUCAUCAGCCAGGUUCUCUGGAGCAGCAGCAGCAGCUGGAGCUGCAAGUUCCUUUGGCUCUUCCUCUAGCAGGUUUGAAGGAUCUGCAGGAGCCUCUAGUUCCUCAGUAAGCAGGCUCUCUGCCUCUGCAGCCUCCGCUAGAUCUACAUCAUCAUCAUCAUCAUCUGGUGCUUCCUCCAGCAGACUUGAAGGAUCUGCAGGAGCUUCCAGUUCAUCAGCUAGUAAGCUGUCUGGAUCUGCAGCUUUCGGUGGGUCUUCAGCUUUCAGUGGGUCUUCAGGUUCCUCUGGUUCUUCCUUCAGCAGCUUCGGAACAUCAGCAGCAGCAAGUAGCGGCUCAGGAACUUCAUCAGGAUUCUCAAGUCAGACUUCAAGUAAAAAAUCUAGUUUAUCUUCUGCAGCAAGCAAGAAAGCAUCGAGCAGUUUCUCCUCCAGUGGAGGAUCUCAAUUGUCUAGCUUAUCCUCCAGGGGAGUGUCUGCUGGGUCUGCCAGCAGAGGGCAACUAGCCAGCAGCAGCAGCAGCUUCUCUGCGGCAGGUUCUGCAAAGGGAGGAUUUGCUUUUGGCGGUCUGUCCUCAGGAUCUGCAUCAUCUGGCGGGUCAAAGCUAGCACUUUCUCGCACCGUCUCCGUUAAAACUCCAGAAAGAGUCUCCAAUGUUAUCUCUCAUUUCUUACCCGCUGACCACAGGUAUGAGGCCACUGGAUCUGUCGUCAUCAACAGGGCUGAAGAAAGACAGACUCGCACCUUCCAGAUCCCUGCUCCUGCUGCUCCAGCGCCCGUGGUUCUCUCAACUCCUCAGCUGGCUCUCAAACGCAUCGUCUCCGUGAAAUCUCCCGAGAGAGUUUCCAGUGUCAUCUCUCACUUCCUGCCCGCUGACCACAAGUAUGAGGCUACUGGAUCCGUCGUCAUCAACAGGGCCUCAACAGGCCAGGCAUCUUCAGCAGGUCGAGGAUUCUCUGGAGCUUCUGGGGCACAAAGAGCUCAGGUUUCUCCUCCUCAGCCCCGCCGCACCCCAGUUCAAGAAUACGCUGCUCCCCCCCGCUCCGCCCCUCGAGCCUCUCCUUCUCAGCUAGCUCUCACCCGCACCGUCUCCGUCAAGUCUCCUCAGAGAGUCUCCAGCGUGAUCUCUCACUUCACUCCUGCAGAACACAAGUAUGAAGCCACUGGAUCUGUCACCAUUAACAGAGCCUCUGCAUAAGUUUAUAUACGUAAAUCAGGCGAAAGCCACAUGCAUCCAGUAUAUUUCCCAAACCCAAGCUGAAAAAAUACAUUCCAUAAUUUAUAUGUAAAUAAUUUUCAGGGAAGCUCACCAUUAUUUAAUGGAAAGGAUGAUUUUCAACUUCAUGGCCUGUAAGUUAAACAUUAGAAAUAACUGAGUUAAUUGCGUCGCACGGCCCCAUGUGGUAAAACUUCUCACCCGACGCAGCAAUCAACCUCGUUCCCCAUUCACUUAUUCCCUCAUCUGCCAUCUUAAGUAGCCUCAGCGGAAGACCAAAUAAACACAAUGAAUUCGGUGGUGUUGACUUUUCAGUUAUUUGUGUAUUGUUCCAAUCAUGUUACUCUGCCUUAUUCCACAUUCUCUUCUCGCUUUCCUCUCAACGAUUACCUGUUAACACAACAUUUGUUCUCACCACUUCGUUAACUUCAGGAAAACUGUUAAACACUAGCUACUAACACAGACUGUUAACACAUUUCAACACGCUCACUAGAACACAGAUAAAUGGCCGACCGUGACUACGCUAACUCAAUAAUUAUUUAUUAUCGACAUCUGUGCUGGGGAUAUAUAAUUAUUUAUUAUCAGCUCUUCUCCCUCAUGUAACGAAAGAAAGUUGUAUAAAAACAGAUUAUCAGAAACUCAAUGUUUUUCAUUCCUCGUCUUCCCUUCAACCGAACCAAAAUCUUGUCCUCAGAAUGCGAGAAAGAAACUAGGCUAGUUGUGCUCACAAAAGCUAGUAGUCCCCGUUUACAUAGCUGGUGGUUUUCAAUUAAAAACGCUAGUUGUCUCCAUUUAAAAAGCUAGUGGUCUCUACUUAAAAACGCUAGUGGUUUCCACUUAAAAACGCUAGUGGUUUCCACUUAAAAACGCUAGUGGUUUCCACUUAAAAAAAGCCAGUGGUCCCCAAUUGAUAUAAUUAGUGAUCCCCACUUGACAUAGUUAAUAGUCCCCAUCUAUUAUAGCUAGUGGUCCCCACUUGAUAUAGCUAGUGAUCCCCACUUGAUAUAGCUAGUGGUCCCUACCUGAUAUAGCUAGUGGUCCCCACUUGAAAUAGUUAAUGGUCCCCACUUGAUAUAGCUAGUGGUCCCCGCUUGAUAUAGCCAGUGGUCCGCACUUGAUAUUGUUAAUGGUCCCCACUUGAUAUAGCUAGUGGUCCCCGCUUGAUAUAGCUAGUGGCCCCCACUUGAUAUAGCUAGUGGUCCCCACUUGAUAUAGCUAGUGGUCUCCAUUUGAUAUAGCUAGUGUCAUAUACACUGAAAGAUACCUUUCGGUGUUUAUUCUUUGGAAUCAAAUCCCCUUUCAAACUACUCAAUUGGUGCUGGAACCUACAAUGACCUCUUUAAUAAGAAUGCGAUGAAAGUAGCCGGUCAGAGCACCAAGUCUACGACUUCCGAAGAAUCUCUGAUGUUGCCAGCAGAACGAAGAUGAACGAAGAUGAAGGAAGAUGAAGGAAGAUGAAGGAAGAUGAAGGAAGAUGGAGCAGCACUGAAACGAGCCUCAAACACCAAGGGAAAACUUCCGGAUGUUGUAAUUUAUGUUAAUAAAUUAGGGUAGUGUCGUUUGUUACGGUAGUUUGGCCAGAGUUGAGGGGGAGUUCAUAUUAUUAUAAUCAAGGGGGAAGCGCUAAACCCAUAGGAUUAUACAGUGCCUGGGGGGAUGUGGAAGGCAUUCAGGCUUAAUUCGGGGAACUGGAGCACAGAUCCAAUUCCCUAAAUCAAGAGCCCCUCACCAACAUCAAGGAACCUUCCCUGAGGGAGGGGGGGGGGAGUUCACAGCUUGACUCGCUACCUAGAUAACUUGGUAAAUAAAUGGUUCAGAGAACCGAAAGGUUGAUAAAUUAGACAUAUGUACAACACCUGGGUAUGUUUAUUGAGGAAACGUUUCGCCACACAGUGGCUUCAUCAGUCCUAUACAAAGAAGAAUGGUGAAGAUUUCGAUUUGUUGCACACGAGUCAGCCUCACUCCAGCAAAGAUGCUUCCUGUGAUCGUAUUUGCUUUUCUGCAACAUUGCAAGCUCCUAAUGAUAUGUUGAGUGCAACGUGAGAGG